CGGACAGAACGCACUUACCCGGACUCCCCUGGACUCACCUGGACUUACCUGGACUCAGCAGGGCGGGCUGAGCCGGACCGUUCUAACUCACCUGGUUCACCUGUGGGCGACUGACAGACACACAGAGCGCUUUCGUCCUCGUUUUCCGGCAGCCAUCGCUGCGUUGCUGCAGCGAUGUUUGGCCGCAGGAAGAAAAAGCGAAGGCCGGAGAUCUCGGCGCCGCGGGACUUCCAGCACCGCGUCCACACGUCGUAUGAUGCGGCCACCGGACGCUACGUGGGUCUCCCGCCACAGUGGCAGAGCAUCAUCGACACGCUGAGGAGGCCACGCCCCCUGGUGGACCCCUCAAGGGUCACUGAGGUGGCGCUCAGGAAGACGAUCGUUCGUGGAAGCUUCAUCGGUCAUGAGGACUACAUUUCCCAUGUCAUCGCUGAGAUGAGCCGUCUCUCCGUCUCCAGCUCCAACUCUCUGCGCCGCAGCAGCCCCUCGGCACGGAAACGGGCACGCUCUCUGGGACGCCUCGGAGAGCUGGAGGAACAUGACUCCUACCAAUAUGAGGAGCUUAAUCAACACGGUGACGCCACCAAAACGAGCAGGAGCUCCACGUACUGGCAGGACCGGAUCCGAGCGGUCCGCAGCGAGCGUGGCAGCCCUAAACUGAACGGGCAUCUGCAGAGAGCCAAGUCAACCUGUGAGGUGGGCACUGAGACCCCGCCCCCUGCACCUGCGGCUCAGAGGACUGCUGGACCGUACGCUCGUAGUGAAGGGGCGGGACUAAAACAGAGACCUAUUUCCUGUCAGUACAGCAUGCAGACUGUAGAUGGCAGCAGAGCUCACUUGAGACAGAAGGCAGCCAGUCACCUGCCUGAUCUGCUAAAGACCUCCAGAGAAACUCCCAGAAGGCCUCACUCCACCUAUGACCUCCAGCUUCCCCCACGCUCCUCCUCCCUCCUGCUGCCCCCUCCAAACAGCACCAGCAGCCCGCUGGUCACUGGACGGGGUUUACCUCGUCGCCCGCUCCGCCCCUCCUCCAGCUUCAACAUCGGUGCUUCUCCAAGAACCCACACCCCCCUAGUCCAGGACAUCGUCCCCCAGCACCGCCCCUCCCCAGCAGGCUCCCCUGGACCUCCAACCACCUCAUCCCGCCCUUGCCCUUCCUCCACCACACAGAUGGCGCCCCAUGGGGGCGGGAAGGUGACCCAUGAACAGUUCAAGGAAGCUCUACAGGUGGUUGUGGACCCAGGCGACCCCAGGACAUCUUUGGAGAACUUUGUGAAGAUCGGGGAGGGGUCAACAGGGGUGGUUUGCAUCGCGCGGGAGAGACACAGCGGGCGCCAAGUGGCGGUGAAGAUGAUGGACCUGAGGAAGCAGCAGCGGCGAGAGCUGCUCUUCAAUGAGGUGGUGAUCAUGAGGGACUACAGACAUCAGAACGUGGUGGAGAUGUUUCGCAGUGCUCUGGUGGAGGAUGAACUCUGGGUCAUCAUGGAGUACCUGCAGGGCGGCGCUCUCACCCACAUUGUCAGUGAAAGCAGGCUGAACGAGGAGCAGACGGCGACAGUGUGUGACGGCGUCCUGCAGGCGUUAUCGUACCUUCACUCUCAGGGCGUCAUUCACCGAGACAUCAAGAGCGACUCCAUCCUGCUGACACUGGAUGGCAGGAUCAAACUGUCCGACUUUGGUUUCUGCGCUCAGAUUAGUAAGGACGUCCCGAAGCGGAAGUCUCUGGUUGGGACCCCUUACUGGAUGGCUCCUGAGGUCAUCGCCAAAAAGCCGUAUGGCACAGAGGUGGACAUCUGGUCUCUGGGCAUCAUGGUGGUGGAGAUGAUUGAUGGAGAGCCGCCAUAUUUCAGUGACACACCCAUCAACGCCAUGAAGAAGCUGAGAGAUGAGGCAGCACCGAGCGUGAAGAACAUCCACAAGGUGUCUCCGGUGUUGAAGGACUUCCUGGAGUGCAUGUUGACUCGAAACACGAAGCAGCGCUCCAGCGCCGCGCAACUGCUUCAGCACCCAUUCCUGCUGCAGGGGGGCUCGCCGCGCUGCCUGGUGCCCCUGGUGGAGCAGCACCGUAAACGCAUGUCGCUGUGCUGAAUGCAUACCCGGAUGGGAACUCUGACAUCCAGCUUUGGGACAUUUUGUUUUAAUGCCUACUGAUGUCACCUAUAAGGACUUAAAAACAACCUGGACUUUAUUUUGACAGUUGGGCUGAUCAUUUCCUGUCAGGGAAUUUUAUUGUGAAAGAACCACUGACUUGGUUCACAUUGACGCUGCUGAAAUAGUAUUUAAAUAUUUGUAGUUUCUGUUCACAAAGAUCGUCUUCAUGCAAGAGAACAAGGAAAAUAUUUUAGACAUCGAUUCUUGAUAAAAAACAUUUCAUCAAAAAGAAUAAGAGUCACAACCCAGAAAAUAAAAACUCCUAUCAUCAGUGUAGACAGAAAUCCAAGAAUAAUUUUGUAUCACAUUAAGCUGUCAUAGGCCAUCUGUACCUUGCCCGAGCAUGAUUGGUGUGCCCCAUUUUUGGGUCGGAAGAGGUGGACUUUGGCAUGGGUAUGCAAUGUGGAUGCUCCGCCUGCACAAUCAGGAUAUACACAAGUGCUAGAGAGCCGUACCUGACAAAAACAACUCAUAGUAAUGUGGUACACUUAAAUGUCCCAGAUCAUCAAACAAAUUUGAGUAUUAGACCAAGGUAACCCGAGUUAAUACAAAGUGCCAUUUUUAAACAACAAUCUCAUUUUAAGGGGAAACUCUGUUUUUGGUUUGUCCACAGAAUAUUUCCUCAAAAGUUUUGAGGGUCAUGAAGAUGUUUUUAGUCAAAUGUGAGGCGAGCCUUUCUGCUCUUUUUGUUCAGCAGUGGUUUUGGCCUUGGAACUCUCAUUUUUGUCUAGUGUCUUUCUUAUGGUUAAAUCAUGAACUCUGACCUUAACUGAGUCAGUGAGGCCUGCAGGUCUUAAGAUGUUGUUCUGGGAUCUUCUGUGAUCCCCUGGACUACUGUUCCAAGUUUUCUCCAUUUGUGGGUAAUGGCUCUCACAAUGGUUGGGUGGAGUCCCAAAGCCUCCAAAACAUCUUUGUGACCCUUUCCAGACCAACAGAUGCCAAUCACUUUGUUUCUCAUUUGUUCUUAGUAAUCAGGCCUGGGUGUGGAUAGUUAAAUUGAACUCAGAUUUCCAAAAAAUGAGGUUUAUUGCAGUUAAUUCAUGAUUUAACAAGGGAAGGGGGGGCAAUUACUUUUUUCAUAGGGCCGGGUAGAUUUGGAUGGCUUUUUUCUCCUUAGUGAAUGAAAUCAUCAUUUCCAAACUGCAUUGUGUAUUUCCCUGAGUCCCCUUUCUCUAAUAAUAGAACUUGUUUGAUCUGAAACAUUUAAGAGCAAGAAAUAUGCAAAACAAAGACGGACUUGGCAGUAUUGUGACUGAUUUGUACUCCAUUUCUUUCUGUCCGAAUGUCAGUCAUUGUUUGGAUAAUUUUCCUAUGAUCCUAUAAUCUAAAUGUUGAAUAUUACACAGCUCUUAAUUUCCCUGUUUGUUUUUUAACUUCAGACGAGGAUAAAAUGUUGAAAACUUGCACAUUUCACACAGAAUGUGACUUUGCACAUAUGGGUUGAAUGUUUUUUUUUUUAUUUUACAUAAAUUUU